AUGGAAUCUUCUCUUUAUUUAAAUACAUCCACAUAUUUUGACAUUGAUAAUAUACCAUUAAUAGAUGAUGAAAAUAUUGAAAAAGGUAUCAUUUUAGAGGGUAAAGUUAUGGAAACGGAUGAAAAAAUAAAGAAAAAUGGAUAUAGAAAAAUUUCAGAGAAAAGAUUUAUUGUUACAAGAAUUGAUGAUAAUUUUGAUAAUAGUAUGGAAAAAGAAAAAUUUAUAAACAAAAAUUAUGAUAUGAUUGAAAAUAAUUCUAUUAGAAAAGAUUCUGAAAAUUAUUCACCUUUAUUACAUGAUUAUUCAAAUGAUAAUAGUGAAUCUAAUGAUAAACCUUAUAUAAUGAAAGUAUUUAAUAAGAAAAUUCAUAUUAGAAAUCCAUGGGAAUUAUUUAAAAAAGAUUUUAUUAAAAGAAGAGGAGUUGAAGAAAAAAGGUUUAAAAUAGAAAUUAUUCGAGCUUGUUUACCACAGUUAAUAUUAAUUUUAACUUUAUUAGGAUAUAUUGCAUUUGGGGUAUAUAUUUUUCAUAGUUAUGAUGAAAAUAUAAAAUUAGAAGAAACAAGAAAUGUAGUAUUAUUUGUAUUUACAACAAUAGCUACAAUAGGUUAUGGAAAUUUAUCACCAACAGGACAAAAUAUGAAAAUAUUUUGUACUGGUUACAGUUACUUAGGAAUUCCAUUAAUGUUUUCAGUUUUUAGAAAUAUAGGUGAAAGUUGUGCAAAAUUUAUAUGGCUUUUACGGGCAUCAUUAUCUACAGAUCCAAAUUUUAAACCAAAAUGUAGUAUAUCCCUACCAAUACAGGUAAUUAUGAUAUUUUUAUUUCUCCAUACAACAUUAGGAUUAUUUUUAUUUCAUUAUUGGAUUGAUAAUAUUAAUUAUGUUGAUGCUGUUUAUAUGAGUUUUAUUUCUAUAACAACAAUUGGGUAUGGUGAUUUAACACCUAAACCAAGAACAAAUUUUCAAACGGCUAUUGUUUUGUUGUAUCUUAGUGUUGGAAUUUCUAUAAUGUCAAUGAUGAUAAGUACACUUUCAGAGAUGAUGAAAAUAGUACAUGUUGUUGGUAGAUCACCAGCAAAAGCCAAAGAUGCUUUGAUAUACAUUAAUGGUGAACAUAUUACAGUUGGUACAUUAUUAAAAAUGAUUGCUAAACAAUUUAAUGUACAUCCUCGUGAAUUACAAUCAGUUAUCAAAAAUUUAGAUCAAAUAAUUACGGCAGCCUUGGAGGAGGAAAAAAGAAAUGAAAGGAGAUUAAGAAGGAGACGUUUCUCAUUGUCACCAUUUGAUAAAUUUAAACGUCAAAAGUCACUAUCAUUAGAAUCUGAAGAAACACAAUUUGAUUCAAUUAAUUUUAUAACUUUAAAUUCAUCAAAUUAUAAUCCUCAUACAUGUAAAUAUAUUCAGGCACUAGGGCAAUUGAAUCACAUAUCACAACAAAGUGAUAAAAGUCGAAAUAAUACAAUAGUUUUACAGAAAAAUUUACAAAAAAAUUUACAAGCAAUGGCAAAAAGAAGAAGUAGUUUAUAUGCAACAAAAUUAAAAUAUAAAGAUGAAUAUAAUUCAUUAAAACUUAUGAGUGAAUAA